GAAUAUGCGGAGCACACAAAGAGCAGGAGGAGGGCGAUGGACAGGAUCCUCGGAGACAUUGUGAUCAACGGAGCGUCUGGUGGACUUGUUGAUUGGUCGGCUGCAACUACAUCACCUGACGGAUGUUUGGAUAUUUAUGGAGAGCUCGGUGAACUGACAGCCGACUGGAGACUUCGGAUACUUAAGGCCUGAAAAAGCAGAAGUGAUGCCUCCGAGAGCUCGGUGAACUGACAGCCGACUGGAGACUUCGGAUACUUAAAGCCUGAAAAAGCAGAAGUGAUGCCUCCGAUACAAACCUCAGAGUGGAAAGUCCCUGCUGGUCAGCAGCCUCAAGUCUCCAUGUGUGUGACCGCAAUGAUUUUAUGAUUAAUAAGAGAACAAAAAAAAAAGAGGAAGAAAGGGAGAUAAGGGCAGAGUCGGUGCAUUGGUAGUAUUAGUAUCAAAUGUUUGAAUCAUGUAAGGGUGUAACCUGACCUCUCAGGGUGUCUGUGUUUAUCUGUUAUGUUUUUACACAUAAAUUUAAGAUGUUAUCUUCCCCUUUUCACCACUUCUUCUUUUUUUUUUUUUUUUACCCGGAUCAGAUAGCCCUCCACAGCAUCACCACACUUACCAUCACACUUUCAAAUAAACAGGAAUAAACAAGCGUGUACCAGUGAAAACAUCAAGAUCAUCACCUCUGAUAUCAAUUAAUUACAGUCAACUACACCAUCAUGUGGAGAGGCAAAACUUAGAGAUUAUUUCAAGAUGAACAUGUAUUAAUACCUUUGGGGUUAUGCAUACUAUUAUUAAAUUCUAUGUUAAGCUGUCCGUAUCCAGCAAAAUCGUAAUUUUGAGUAACACAGACGCAACACCUGACUGUAGUAAGACCUGUGAGUUAUCCUUCCUGAAUGUUGUCAGCUUGAAGAGGCGUGAAACUUUUUUCACUGAAAUGUUACUCUGACAGUCGUGACACUCACUUUAUGGCGUAAUCUUACAUUGAAACAGUUGUAAACAGUGACUGAGGAAUUUGUCAUGUUGUAAUCAUAAAUGAGUGGGUGCUAGUGCAUUGUAAUGGAGGUUUUUGUCCGGGGACUCACAAACAAUGACAUAAUUUCAACAUUAUUCAUAAACACAAACAAGGUAAUUCAUGGAAUCAACAUGAUUAAUUUUUCUUUAUUAGCAGAAUGAAAGUUUGUGGCUCCUUCAUUCAACACAAACAUAGAACACGUAUAGUGAUUUAUAUAAAUAUAUCGCACAUAAACAUGUUUACGCUCAAUAAGUAAUUCUGUAGUGGUUUUUUUGUUCAAGGUGUUUUUUAUUAGAUUUUUAGGUUAUAAAAAUCUGAAAUAUCAGAUUGAUCACACCACAUGGGUAGCCCCUAAUUACACCAUUACAAUAAUCAAUUUAUAAGCACACAAAAAUACAAAUACGGGAAAGUAAGGAGCAUUUUUUUUAGUGUUGGGGAUAUGUUGGUGGGCUCUGUUGGUUACCUUUAUGGUCUUUGAGCAUCAGGAGAGGCACUAUUUUGAAUUAAAUGUAUUGUUAGUGUUAUUAGAUGUACAAGAUGUCAGACUUAAAGGGGCAAUAUGUAAGAAUUGGCCACCUUUAAUUCAUACUCCCAGCUACUGUUAGCCUGCUAGCUCAGCUAGCUGUGCAGUUAGCCAAACUACCUGGGAAAUGUUGUUUAAAUGUUCUAUGGAAGUUUUGGGGGCAUUUUGUUGGAUGUGACUAAAAAAAUAGUGUGAUUUAAGUAAUAUAUUUCUCUACACAGACAGUAAUAUUGUAGAGUAAUACAUUACUUCAAAAUAAAGGUAACUAGUUACAUGUAAAAACACUGUGGCUCCAACUGUCAUGUAGAUGUGGUGUCCAUUGUUUUUUUAAAUUAACCGCGCUAUGUGCUCUCGCGAGAUCUGAGCAACAGCGCCCCCUUGUUUGUGUGUGUAAAACCGACGGGAGGUAGAGGAAUACUCCGCGGCUAACGAUAGCAAGGUACACAAAUAGGGAUUUAAUUCACUUUCGGUCUUCGCUGACACUCUAGGGGUCCACCAACAGGUGCAGGAGGGCAUAAUUUCACCUAAACCCUCCGUUUUCCUACUACAUUCCCGCCGAGGCGAGAACGCGAGAGUCCCGCUAAUCCCGAGAAGAGGGACGCGGCCUGCUUCUGUAGCCGGCUUCCCGGUGCAGCUCAGCCGGCUAGCACUGUCACCAGAGCCCGGUGCUUCCGCUGGUUUAUUUUUCUCCUCACCAAGAGACGUGUCGAAAUAUUUUUUUGUUUUUAUAACCACUGCCUCUUUAUCAUAUACCCCCCUUGCUAUCGGCGGGCAGCUGUCGGCGUUUUUCCCCCGAGGAGGACCUUCUGGACCCGGGGCGGCCUGUUUUGUUUUCGAGCCGCCUUGAAUCUCCGCGAACAAUAACACAACCAUAUAACGAGCCUGCCGGGGCUGCACCGCCACGGAAGCCUCGGCGCCAGAUAAUAAAUGCAUUGUGUGCCACCAGCUCUGGUAUGGACGUGAAACCCCGGGACGAGCAUGCAUGUUGUGGACUAUGGAUUUAUCGGAGGAAACCAUUGCAAACCGGAGCACUUUGUCACGAAAGCCAAUGUUUGAAUUUGGGAGCUGCUGCUAGCUAACCAGCUGCAAGUAACGUUUAAAAAAAAAAAAAAAAAAAGGCCAGGGGGGACGGAGGAGAAGAGCGCCACACGAUGCUUUGUCUAAUCAUAACUCACGGAUUGUACGGAAACGAACCGAACCGACUUGGAUGAACCGACGUUUAUAUGCACUCAUAAUCUCCUCCGAUCAGAAGAGCUGGGACGGAUGGAUUGGAUGUGACUGGGGAUGAGUAACCUCGACUGCUCCCUGCGCAGACUGCUCUAUAUGUGGGGUUCACCGACGGGGAACUGACCGCCUUCACAUCCCAUCUAUGCUCUCUUCAAAGCCACCAGACUCCGUUGACAAAAGCAGCGAUUUAAGCUCGCAGAACACGGGAGUCACCCGGCGCGCCGCUGCCCCGCUCGUCGCUCGGUUUGUUUGUGUUACUGUGUGUGACUUUGGUGUUUUAACGUAUUAAUACAUCUUCACGGACCGGACCGGACUGGAGCCCCGGGACAGGCAGCUGAGAUGAACCCGGUGAAUGCGACCUCUCUCUACGUGUCCGCGAGUCGUUCGGUGCUGCAGUGCGACCCCAGAGACCCCCGGGCCCUCGCGGAGCUCUGCAAGCUGCUGCCGUUUUUCCGCCAGUCCCUGUCCUGCCUGGUCUGCGGUAACUUGCUGCAGGACCCCAUUGCUCCCACCGACUCAUCAUGUCAGCAUUACGUCUGUCGAGGCUGUAAAGGUCAGAGGAUGCAGCUGAAGCCGUCCUGUAGUUGGUGUAAGGACUAUUCCCGCUUUGAGGAGAACAGGCAGCUCUCCUUGCUUGUCCACUGUUACAGGAAGCUCUGUCUCUACAUCACCCAGUCGCCGCUCGCCCCGCACAUAGCCAGCGCUGCCAGUGACUCGCCGGACCUCCAGGCCAUCCUCAAUGAGGGCCUCAGGUUGGCUGAGAGCGAGCCUGAGGUGGAGGACAUUUCAGAUACAGUCGGCCUGUCGCAAACAGCCUCCACCUCCGAGCUUGUCCUGCCUGAUGACACGCCACCUACGAAGGAGCUCAAGGUGGAGGAGCCGAGCCCCAUCAGUGUAAAUGGGUUGCAUGAUUGUAACGGCCUGGUCAGUUCGGACGCUCUGCAACCCAUCACCAUCGAAACAGGUGGAGGUGUUGCAAAGCAGGAGAGCUUCUCGGAGGAGAUCCCGGUGUGUGUGAGCGUCACAGGGAGCGGGGAGGCGGGGCUUUGUGACAUCAGCACCUUUGGGGAUGACCUGAAACAUGGAGGUGGACAGUUGUUGUUGAGUGUUGAGGAGGUGCUCAGGACUCUGGAGACGGACACUGACCCUGAGCCCAACCCCCAGGACUGCCCCCCCUCUGUACAUCAGUGCAGUCUUAAUGGGCCUCACUGCCCAUCUGGUCCUGACUCCUCCCGCCUCAUCCCCUCCCUCCCCCCAGAGAACAGCCCUCGCCCCCUCCAACCCCACCCGCAGCCCUCACUGCAGCCUCCCCCUCAGCCCUCCACAGUCGUCCCCCACGUUCCCCCUCGGUACCACCGCAAGCGCUCCCACUCAGAGAGCGACAGUGAGAAGGUGCAGCCCCUCCCGAUCUCCAGCCUCUUACAGGGGCAGCCCCUCGGUGCCAACAGCUCCCCCCAUCACCCUAACCCAGGUGCCACCACCAAACAGGAGCCUAAGUUCCCUGCAGCCACGCCCCACCCACACCUGGCCCCAGUGCCUAACGGUGGUCCCCCGAAGGUGGGCAAGACUGUGCUCGUCUCCAACAAGGCGCUGAAAAAGACUGUUGAGCAUCACGGGGGUUCCAAGAAGGCUUACACCAAGGCCAGGCAAGGGACCCCUAAGCCACGAGCACAACCCCGUGACAGAGUGCCCCCACACCCCCAUGCACACCCCCUGACUCACCCACCAAGCCCCUCGAAGCCACUGUAUAAGAAGCCCGUGGAGAAGAAGGGCUGCAAGUGCGGCCGAGCCACACAGAACCCAUCGGUGUUGACCUGUAGGGGGCAGCGCUGCCCAUGCUACUCCAACCGCAAGGCGUGUCUGGACUGUAUCUGCCGUGGCUGCCAGAACUCCUACAUGGCCAACGGGGAGAAGAAGCUGGAGGCCUUCGCCGUGCCGGAGAAAGCUCUGGAACAGACACGUCUCACGCUCGGCAUCAACCUCACCAGUAUCACCGCGGCCGCCCUCCGUAGCCCGACCACCAGCUCCCCCGGCAACACCCUUCUCAACGUCACCACGGCAACAGGGGCACCCGUCACGGCCACCUUCUUGUCGGGGGCGGGACACGACAACAGGGGCUUCGAUGAUUCACUGGAGAUGCGGUUUGACUGCUGAGGUCAGUCGUCACGCACAUUCCCCGCCCCGCCAGCCGGGCGUUAUCCAUCAGGGCGAGCCAGGGAGCCGCGGGGGGCGGAGCCAGAACAAGGCAGCUACAGUGACGGGCGAUAGUGAGGGUCACCAGCUGAGGCUGAGGAGUCGCCUCCGUCCAUCGCCCGAAACUGCACCAUGCUUGUGGUCUUGCAUACAGAUGCAGUGAGGAGGAGGAGGAGAGGAGGAGGAGGAAGGAGAAGAACGAGGAGAUGUAGCGUUACUGUAUGUGCAGAGAUUUCAGUUCAGUGGGGAUAGAGUUGCUUUUUUUUGUUUUCUUCUCUACUAUGGGUAAUGUGUAGAGCAUGUUGUGUAGCUACGUCGGGAGUGUCGGCCACGGUCGUGCACGCCUCUCCGUGUGUAUGUGUGUGUGUGCGUGCGUGCAUGUGAGUGUGUAUGUAUGAGGGAAGGGUUUGGUUUGGAGAUGAACCUUAUUAGCAGGAACGGAGACAUCAUCAUCAUCAUCAUCAUCAUCAGAGACUGAUGUAAUUUAUAUAAAAGAGAGAACUUUUUGUACAUGGAAUCAUCAGUUUCCAUUUGAGAAGACAUUUUAUGAUAUAUUUUAUAAGUUACAUGUAAAAAAAACAAACAAUGGAAGCUGGUGCAGGAGCGCGCCUGCAUUCAACCAGAAUAUUUUCACACAUGUAACAGAUUGUAUUUUGUAAAACUCUGCUCGACCAACAGAAAUUAAACAUCGGAUUUGGUAGAUGACUAUCAAAGAGGCUCCUGAAGAUUUAAAGCGUUUGGAGUCAUGCGGUUUUUAAGAUCUUUUUCUGAACAAGAAACCGGGAUGUGAAUUUAACACCACCAGCCAAACGGACGUUUCACUUUAUUGUGUUGAAUGUUUAUACUGUGUGAGCCACCAGAACUUUACUCUGAGAUGUUAUCGUGUACUGAAUAACAUAAAAACUGAUAGAAUCUUGGAAUCAAUCAGUCCCUGUUUUGUUUGAUGUGUCCAGGAUGUGAGUUACCUGUCUAAUCAUUUUGUGUUCCUGCAUUAAGCACUUUCCCACCUUUUUCCCACUGGCCACACAGCGUAAACUCACCGUCAUUUGUUCUUUUCUUAUGUGUGUUUAAAUACUCUGGUUGACUGCAGGCUGCUGCACGUUGUUGUUCACAAGUUUUUUUUGUUUUUUUUUUGGUUUCUGGAAGCGACACACAUGCUGCUAAAUACCACAAAGGACUCAAGAAGGAGAGCACACCUGUUUUCCUCGUCUUCUGUUGUUUUUGUUUUUAAUAUGUUGCGUUAACGACAUUUGCAGUAUUUAUUGGACGUCUCCUAACAAUAGGGUUACGUGUCGGGCGUCAGCUCCGCCCACUCUUCUGCCUGUCAAGUUUGUCGAACCCAGUCUGGACUUUUUCUGUCUCAGUUACGUUGCUGUCUCCUUCUUAGUGUUAGUUUCUGGUGUCUCCAAACGGUUUUUGUUCUCCCUCGGGGCAUUUAAAUACCUGUAAUAUAACUGUAACAUAUUUCCACAAAAAAGAAAGAAAAUCAAAAACUUACAAA